AUGCCUCUGGAACGAGCAAAUGCCCCGGUGAAGUUGUCACUGCCAUUGCAAUACCAGCAGGACAUCUUCACCGAACUGCGCUCCGAGGAUGAGCUGGUCGUUCUCGCUCGCGGCCUGGGGUUGCUGCACCUCAUUACCAAUCUUCUCCAUUUUUAUGAUGCUGCAGGGAAUAAUCUGGUUCUAGUGGUUGGCGCGGAUGAUCGAGAAAAUGAAUGGAUCGGAGAGGCCCUAGCGGAGCAUUAUGCCCUCAGCAAGUCUCCUCUAGCCAGGGGGUUGAAGGUGAUCAACACCGAGAAAGCUACUGUUCCGAUGCGGGAGCGGAUCUACGCCGAAGGAGGUAUUCUGAGUGUAACAUCCAGGAUAUUAGUUGUGGAUCUAUUAUCGAGGCUCCUCGAUCCCGAGAAAAUUACCGGGAUGAUCAUCUUACAUGCCGAUAAGACCGUUGCAACCUCCCUUGAGGCAUUCAUCGCUCGCAUCUAUCGGCAAGCGAACAAGCGUGGCUUUUUAAAAGCAUUCUCGGACUCUCCAGAGCCAUUCACCACCGGCUUUGCUCCGCUGGCGAAUAUGCUGCGGAACCUCUUUUUACGCAAAGCGUCGUUGUGGCCCCGAUUCCAUGUAUCUGUGGCCGAUUCUUUGGAAGGGCAUCGCAAGGCAGAGGUGAUCGAACUGGAGGUCCCAAUGAGCGGCAAAAUGAGGGAAAUCCAAAAUGCCGUUCUAGAAUGUGUCGAGAUCAGCAUCAGCGAACUUCGAAAAACAAACACAGGUCUGGACAUGGAAGAAUGGACAUUGGACAGCGCCUUGCACCGAAACUUUGACAUCUCUAUUCGGCGUCAGCUGGAACCCAUCUGGCACCGGGUAAGCUUCCGGACCAGGCAAAUUGUCAGCGACUUGACAGAUCUUCGGGCAAUUCUCCAUGCUUUGCUCACAUAUGAUGCGGUGUCUUUCGUGAAAUACCUUGAUACCAUUAUGGCUGCCCAGUCUCCGCCUCCGGGCUCCAACAAGCAUAGUUAUUCCCCAUGGCUCUUCCUCGAUGCUGCUCAUGUUCUCUUUCAAACCGCCAAAUCCAGAGUGUACGAAGGUAAACUUAGCAACGACUUCUCCCGUCCGUCAUUGUCUACAGCAUUCUCUUCUGAAUUGAAGCCAGUUCUCGAGCCACUUCCCAAGUGGAACGUUGUGUCAGAAUUGCUCGGAGAGAUCGACCACGACGCUUAUAUCCACCCAGCGAAUACGAACGAGACAAAUGGCACGAUAUUGAUCAUGUGCAAUGACCAGCGGACAUGCCGUCAGCUUCGAGAAUACAUUGGCACCAUGCAUGCCAAGAUCCAUCAUAGAUCAGAGGCCAACGAAGACGAAGACGAUUUUGACGAAGACAAGCCAUCCGCAGAGGUGAUGAUGCGACGUCGACUGCGAGACUACCUUAACUGGAAACGAUCACUGUCGAAUGUCAACAGGAAUCUGUCACAAUCAACCAACGACGAGAAAGCUGGGAAGUCUCAAGAGUCACCUGCAGCGCAAAACCAACAGCAUGGAAAGCCACCUCCGAACAAGCGUCGUCGAGUACGUGGCGGCGGUGCUGUUACGUCGGCCUCCGGGCGUGUGCCCAACACCAGUGUUCAGACCGAAGUCGAACUGCCUGGUCAGGUGGUCGGUCUGCUCAACGAGCUUCAGUCCACAGAAGUGGAAGAGACACAGAAAGAAGAAGUUGUCGUCGAUGAACUCGAGUAUAUGGAAGACUACUACGAGCUGUACGACAUGAAUGACCUUAUCAUGAUCCAUCCGUACGACGGCGACAUGGAUGAGCAUAUCUUAGAGGAAGUGCGGCCCCGUUACAUCAUAAUGUACGAGCCUGACCCUGCCUUCAUUCGGAGGGUGGAGGUCUACCGCAGUUCGCACUCGGGGAGGGAAGUCAAGGUGUAUUUCAUCUAUUAUGGUGGCUCGGUCGAGGAACAGCGAUAUCUGAGUGCUGUUCGGCGGGAGAAAGACUCCUUUACGAAGCUCAUUAGAGAGAAGAGCAACAUGGCGGUCACCUUGACGCAUGACAAGAGCGCCGAAGACCCCCAGGAGCAGUUCCUUCGGACAGUGAACACUCGCAUUGCUGGAGGUGGCCGAUUAGCGGCGACCGCCUCUCCCCCUCGGGUUGUCAUUGACGUGCGGGAGUUUCGAAGUGCCCUUCCGUCCUUAUUGCACGGCAACAGCAUGAUUGUGAUUCCUUGCCAACUGACCGUCGGUGACUAUAUUCUCACGCCAGACAUUUGCGUAGAACGCAAGUCGGUUCGUGAUCUGAUCACUUCUCUCCGCAAUGGCCGCCUCUACAACCAGGCUGAGACGAUGCUUCAAUACUACAAAACCCCCUUGUUGUUGAUCGAGUUCGACCAGAACAAGUCGUUCACCUUUGACGCAUUCGCCUCGGCUUCAGCAGGCACUACCUUCUCCACCGACUAUGGUUUCUCAUCCACCGGAGCGGCGACCAGUUCCAGCAGCAGCUCGCUCACCAAUCCCUCCAAUCCGAAAUCCGCACAACAUCUUCUCGUUCUUCUUACCCUCGCUUUCCCCCGGCUCAAGAUUAUCUGGUCAUCUUCACCGUACCAAACAGCUGAAAUAUUUGCGGAGCUCAAAAAGAACAGCCCUGAGCCGGAUCCGCUGCGCGCUGUUCAAAUCGGGCUUGAUGUGGACAUUUCGGAUUUUUCUGACUCGGGCAACGUCAUGGCUGCUACGGGCAUUGAGCACCGCAUCUUUAACCUCCUUCCACAAGACAUGCUACGAACUGUGCCAGGUGUCACACCGCAGGCAGUCGAACGACUGAUCCUCGAAACAGAAAAUAUCAGCGAUAUUGCCAACAUGGAUAUUGAACAGCUCGAUCCUCUAGUUGGCAAAGAGGCAGCCCGGAAGAUGGUCAAUUUUUUCCGGAAGAGUGUAUUUGAGGAUUGA